AAUCAAAUACCUCAACUUCAAAUCAUAUCAUACCCUUCUCCUUCUUUUGACGCCUUCAAUAUUCUCUUCUCUCUUUCUUUUUCUCUUCCACUAACAAGCAAGGAACUCUCUAUAACCAUCUCAAACCAAACCACUUUCUUCCACUACCUCACACCCCCCAUCAUCUUGGGUUGCAACCAUUGUGUACUUUAAAUUUAAUUGCAAAAAUAAUAAUAAUCUGAACUUUACACUAGAACAAAAUGGUUCACUACCACCGCUACCAUCAACUCAGAAAGUUUGCUGCUAUUGAUGAAGAGUCACAGCACCAUGUGUUGGAUUGUUCAAGCUACAAGAGAACAAGGCCAAAGCUGUUGUCAUUCUUGCUCCUCAUCACCUUUCUCUCAUGCUGCUAUGUCUUGGCACCUUCUUUCACUUUUUCUCUCUUGUUUUCAGACUCUCCUGGUGCUCAAAGUUAUGGGAACUCAGAUGGGGUUGAUGUAAAUGCUUCUGCCUGCUCUUCAGUUCCCACUGGAACUAUAUGCUGUGAUAGGAGUGGUUAUCGUUCUGAUGUCUGUGUGAUGAAAGGUGAUGUGAGAACACACUCUGCUUCAUCUUCAAUCUUCCUCUACAAUGUUUCAAGGACUAUUGAAGGUAGAGAAGGUGAAGAGGAUGAGGUACUCCAACAUGAAAAGAUAAGGCCCUAUACUCGAAAGUGGGAGACGAGUGUCAUGGACACCAUUGAUGAACUAAGCCUCAUCUCAAAGAAAGUGAAGUUGGGUAGUGCUCAUACUUGUGAUGUUCAGCAUGAUGUUCCAGCAGUGUUCUUCUCCAAUGGGGGCUACACCGGCAAUGUUUACCAUGAAUUCAAUGAUGGAAUCAUUCCAUUGUACAUCACCUCGCAGCGUUUCAACAAGAAGGUUGUGUUUGUGAUUCUUGAGUAUCACGAUUGGUGGAUGAUGAAGUAUGGUGACAUCCUUUCUCGUCUAUCAGAUUUUCCAGCAAUUGAUUUCAGAGGAGAUAACAGGACUCACUGCUUCCCGGAAGCCGUUGUUGGCCUCAAAAUCCACGACGAGCUAACUGUGGAUUCAAAAUUGAUGGAGGGUAACAAGAGCAUUGUUGAUUUCAGAAACCUUAUGGACAAAGCGUAUUGGCCUCGGAUUAAGGGUCUCAUUCAGGAUGAGGAGAGGGAAGCACAAGGUAAAUUGAGAGAACAAAUAUCUUCAUCUCCAUUAUCUGAAACCCCUCUAAUUAAGCAAGAAGUGCAAGAAAAUCCAAAGAAGAAGCCUAAAUUGGUUAUUGUCUCUAGAAGUGGAUCAAGGGCUAUAACUAAUGAGAAUUUGCUGGUGAAGAUGGCUGAGGAAAUUGGUUUUUUUGUGGAGGUUUUAAAACCUGCUAAAACAACAGAAUUGGCAAAGAUUUAUAGGGUGCUCAAUGGAAGUGAUGUGAUGAUUGGGGUUCAUGGAGCUGCUAUGACACAUUUCAUGUUCUUGAAAUCUGGUUCUGUGUUCAUUCAAGUGGUUCCUCUUGGCACCAAUUGGGCUGCAGAAACUUACUAUGGUGAGCCUGCAAGGAAGCUUGGUUUGAAGUACAUUGGCUAUGAGAUUCAUCCUAGAGAGAGCUCUUUGUAUGAGAAAUAUGAUAAAAAUGACCCUAUUCUAAGAGACCCUGCAAGCAUUAACGAGAAGGGGUGGGAAUACACUAAGAAGAUCUACCUUGACAGCCAAAAUGUUAAGUUAGACCUCAGAAGAUUCAGAAAAAGGUUGCUUAGAUCUUAUGAGUACACUGUCUCCAAAUCAAAUCUGAGGCUUCAACACCAACCACAGUGAAUUGAAGUUCAAUGGUUUCAUUUACUUCUCCACGUUUAUUCUUUAAUUUAAUGUGAAAAGAUUUAUAGUUUUUUGAGUUUUCAACAUUCUUGUGCAUAUCAAGAAAACCUGAAAAGUUCUUGUGCUAUAUGUUGUGUACAGCAGGCAUUUAGCAAUAAAUAUAUACUGAGAUGUGUAAGUAGUACAAGUAGCAAUUUGGCUUAAAUGCAUUUGUUGCCCCUGAUGUAUCGUCAAUGUGCAAAAGAUAACCCGACUCUUUUUUUGUCGACGUUUGUA